AUGGAGAAGGAGGAGAUCAGGGUGGUUCCAAUUUGGGUUCAGCUGAAGCUGAACUUCAAAUACUGGGGUGAGAAGUCUUUAUUCAAGAUAGUACAACAGCUUGAUACUCCUAUUAAGAGAGACCAGGCUACUGCAAGUAGAGAUAAGAUUCAGUUUGCUAGGGUGUUGGUGGAAGUUCCUAUGGAUACUCUCCCUAAUUUUGUGACUUUUUUAGAUGAACAUGGUGAGCUGGUUAAGGUAGCAGUUCACUAUGAAUGGAGACCAACUAUCUGUAAUAGUUGUAAGAUGGUUGGACAUGUUGCUUCAGACUGUAGGAAGGGUGGUGGUAAGAGGAGGUGGGUGCAGAAAACCAUUCAACCAGUGGCUCAACCAGUGGUUCUUCCUGUUGUUGCUGAACCUGAAGUAGAUCAGGAGGGUGUUAGGUUAUGA